CUCUCUCUCUUGUUUCUCUCCUUCAGACAGGCAGAAUUGACAAGUCCUACCCCACAGUGUGUGGCCACACGGGCCCAGUGCUGGACAUCGACUGGUGUCCCCACAACGACCAGGUCAUCGCCAGCGGCUCCGAGGACUGCACUGUCAUGGUGUGGCAGAUCCCUGAGAACGGGCUCACCCUGUCCCUGACAGAGCCAGUGGUGGUGUUAGAAGGCCAUUCCAAGCGAGUUGGGAUCGUGGCUUGGCACCCGACGGCGCGGAACGUGCUGCUCAGCGCAGGCUGUGACAAUGCCAUCAUCAUCUGGAACGUGGGAACAGGUGAGGCCCUGAUCAACCUGGAUGACAUGCACGUGGACAUGAUUUACAACGUGAGCUGGAACCGCAACGGCAGCCUCAUCUGCACAGCCUCCAAGGACAAGAAGGUUCGGGUCAUCGACCCCAGGAAACAAGAGAUUGUUGCUGAGAAGGAGAAGACCCACGAGGGAGCACGGCCCAUGAGAGCCAUCUUCCUGGCUGAUGGCAACAUCUUCACCACCGGCUUCAGCCGCAUGAGCGAGCGGCAGUUGGCCCUGUGGAACCCGAAAAACAUGGAGGAGCCAAUAGCCCUUCACGAGAUGGACACCAGCAAUGGGGUCCUGCUGCCCUUCUACGACCCAGACACCAACAUCAUUUACCUGUGUGGCAAGGGUGACAGCAGCAUUCGCUACUUCGAGAUCACGGAUGAAUCCCCUUACGUUCACUACCUCAACACCUUCAGCAGCAAAGAGCCACAGAGGGGGAUGGGGUUCAUGCCAAAGAGGGGCCUUGAUGUCAACAAGUGUGAGAUUGCCAGGUUCUUCAAGCUGCACGAGCGGAAGUGUGAGCCCAUCAUCAUGACGGUUCCUCGCAAGUCCGACCUCUUCCAGGAUGACCUGUACCCUGACACAGCAGGGCCAGAAGCAGCUCUGGAGGCAGAGGAGUGGUUCGAGGGGAAGAACGCAGAUCCCCUGCUCAUCUCCCUCAAGCAUGGCUACAUUCCAGGCAAGAACAGGGACCUCAAGGUGGUCAAGAAGAACAUACUGGACAACAAGCCUGCAGCCAACAAGAAAAGUGAUCUCAUAAGUGCUCCAAAGAAAGCAGCAGAUGCCUCAAACUCUCAGAACGAAGCCAAGUUGGAUGAGAUUCUGAAGGAGCUGAGGUCCAUCAAGGACACGAUCUCCAGCCAGGACGAGCGCAUCGCCAAGCUGGAGCAGCAGAUGGCCAAGAUCUCGGACUGAGGAGACCUCCAGCCCAGGCCCAGUGCAGCUCCCAGU